GCUCUUGGUCCCUCUGAUGAACUGUCAGUGUACAGUCGAUGGCGAAGUCUCGUCUUUUGCUAGUAAUUUCUUGGAGAUUAUUUAUGAACUUGCGAGUUUUGGAAACCGCUGCGGGCGAUUGUAGGCAGCUGCAGUUAUAAAGGGCAGGAGGAGGUAGGGAGAGAAUAAAAAGCAGAACAGGAUGAGGUCAUUGAGUGGGUGGCGAAGUGUUCUUGUCUCAGCCUCACUGCGCCUCUUUUUUUCCUUUUUUUCCCACCAAUAAUUCGCCGUCUUUUCCUCUCAAGAUCACUUUUUUUCUUUGGCGCCGGAUUCCUCAUCCGCUCCGCAGUCGGAAAAAUCCCUUCUUGGCGAAACAACUGCAGAAGACAGUGUUUUGGGGAGUCCGGGGACAGACAUGGCGGAACUGAAGCUGGAGGAGAUGAUCGUCCACCCGCCCAUGGAUCAACUCCAGGGGUUCGAGUACUGCAUCGACUCCAAUCCCUCUUGGGGCGAGGCGAUUGCUUUAGGGUUUCAGCAUUACAUACUCUCGUUGGGCACCGCGGUGAUGAUUCCAACCCUACUUGUGCCAUUGAUGGGCGGAAGUGACGGGGACAAGGUUAGGGUGGUUCAGACAUUGCUAUUUGUAUCAGGAAUAAACACGUUGAUCCAAACCCUAUUCGGGACUCGUCUUCCAACUAUUAUCAGUGGUUCUUAUGCUUUUGUUAUUCCAGCCAUAUCCAUAAUUCAUGACUCUUCCCUGAAUCGAAUAACCGAUGACCAUGAAAGGUUCCAGCAAACGAUGAGAGCUAUACAAGGAGCUUCAAUCGUCUCAUCUUGUAUUCAAAUUAUUCUAGGUUACAGCCAAUUGUGGGGUAUCUGUUCCAGAUUUUUCAGUCCUCUAGGAAUGGUUCCUGUGGUUUCUCUGGUAGGAUUCGGUUUAUUCGACAGAGGGUUCCCUGUGGUCGGGCGAUGCGUAGAGAUUGGUGUUCCGACACUCAUCCUUUUCAUUGCAGCUUCUCAGUAUCUGAAGCAUGUAUCUGUUCGGCGACUUCCCAUAUUAGAGAGAUUCUCUCUUCUAAUAACGAUCACGAUUGUAUGGAUUUACGCACAUAUUCUUACGGUCGGCGGUGCAUAUAAACACAGACCUGAGCGCACCCAACUCAAUUGUCGCACGGAUCGUGCCAAUUUGAUCUCCUCUGCUCCCUGGAUAAAGGUUCCUUAUCCGUUGCAAUGGGGCGCCCCAACCUUCGAUGCCGGCCAUUCUUUUGGGAUGAUGGCUGCUGUUCUGGUAUCAAUGGUUGAGUCGACAGGAGCUUACAAAGCCGCAGCACGGCUUGCUAGUGCAACACCACCUCCGGCUUAUGUUCUAAGUCGAGGCAUUGGGUGUCAGGGAAUAGGCGUACUUUUUGACGGGUUGUUUGGCACUCUAACCGGUUCGUCCGUCUCAGUUGAGAAUGUGGGGCUUCUUGGAUCGACAAGAGUUGGGAGUCGCAGGGUCAUUCAAAUCUCAGCCGGCUUCAUGAUAUUCUUCUCCGUCAUGGGGAAAUUCGGAGCAUUGUUUGCCUCCAUUCCUUUCACAGUAUUUGCAGCUAUUUACUGCGUUCUCUUCGGGAUCGUUGCUGCUGUUGGUCUGUCCAUGUUGCAAUUCACCAACAUGAAUUCGAUGCGGAACCUCUUCAUCGUAGGCGUAUCGAUCUUCCUUGGCUUGUCAGUUCCUCAGUACUUCUUCCGCUACACUACGAGUGCUCAACAUGGCCCUGCUCACACCAAUGCAGAAUGGUUCAAUGACUACAUCAACACAAUCUUCUCCUCUCCACCCACUGUUGCAUUGAUUGUUGCAGUCUUCCUCGACAACACCCUCGACUUCCACGGUGCCGCUGCCGAUCGGGGCAUGGGGUGGUGGGACCGGUUUCGGAAAUUCAAAGGCGAUAGCCGGAAUGAGGAGUUCUACACUCUUCCAUUCAACCUCCAUCGCUUCUUUCCCACCUCAUGAUGCUUGGAAGAACUCUUGUGAGGAAGAAGGAACAUGGAAACCCUGAAGAGAUUGUUGAGAUGAUAAAAGAGUACAUAAACUGUAGUGUUUAGCUAAAUUCAUAGGACAAGAACAGAGGUUAAUUGCUUAUGUUGUAACUUAAGAAUUCAUUGAAACAGCGUCAUUAAAUAUGAUUA